UCAGGCUGCUGGGGAGGAGGAAAGCCCUGGCUGUGAUGCCGCUGGAUGAUGGCUGCUUUCGGGAUCCUAAGUUACGAACACCGGCCAUUAAAGCGGCCCCGACUCGGCCCUCCGGACGUUUAUCCUCAAGAUCCAAAGCAGAAAGAGGAUGAGUUGACUGCCCUAAAUGUGAAACAAGGAUUCAACAACCAGCCAGCAGUGUCUGGUGAUGAACAUGGCAGUGCCAAAAAUGUCAACUUCAACCCUUCAAAGAUCAGUUCAAACUUCAGCAGCAUCAUCGCAGAGAAGCUGCGCUACAACACGUUUCCAGACACAGGGAAACGCAAGCCGCAGGUCAACCAGAAGGAUAACUUCUGGCUCGUCACAGCAAGGUCACAGAGCUCCAUCAAUAACUGGUUCACGGAUUUAGCGGGGACUAAACCUCUGACACAGCUGGCUAAAAAGGUUCCAAUCUUUAGCAAAAAGGAGGAGGUUUUUGGAUACUUGGCGAAGUACUCAGUCCCCGUGAUGCGUUCAGCAUGGAUGAUCAAGAUGACCUGUGCGUAUCACGCAGCCAUCACAGAAACUAAAGUCAAGAAGAGGCAUGUGAUUGAUCCUUGUAUAGAAUGGACCCAGAUUAUCACUAAGUACCUGUGGGAGCAGCUUCAGAAGGUGGCCGAGUUUUACAGACAGUAUCCCAGUCAAGGCUGCAGCUCGCCUCUACCGGCCACUCCCGCUGACGUGGAGACGGCCAUGAAGCAGUGGGAAUACAACGAGAAACUAGCCAUGUUCAUGUUUCAGGUCGGUUCACUCUAUAAAGUCUUCAGUUGA